AAGUCUACAGAACAGAUGAAGAAAGUCCCGACCAUUGUUCUGUCCGUCUCCUACAAGGGAGUCAAGUUCAUUGACGCUACAAACAAGAACAUCAUAGCUGAGCAUGAGAUCCGUAACAUCUCAUGUGCGGCCCAGGAUCCUGAGGAUCUGUCCACGUUUGCCUACAUCACCAAAGACCUCAAGUCCAGCCACCACUACUGCCAUGUCUUCACUGCCUUCGAUGUGAACCUGGCGUAUGAGAUCAUCCUGACCCUGGGCCAGGCCUUUGAAGUAGCCUACCAGCUGGCCCUACAGGCCAGGAAGAGUGGCCAUGGCUCCUCCACGCUGCCAGAGAGCUUUGACAUCAAGCCCAACAAGCCCGUCCCCAAGCCCCGCGUCAACAUCCGCAAGUCUAUGGAGCAGCCGUCGAUGGAGCAGAAGGGUCAUGCCAACGUGCCAUGGAUAGUGGAACCAGGGCAGGAGGCCAAGAGAGGAGCAAACACCAAGGCAAUGCCGGACGCCCAUGUCUAUUACUGUGGAAUGCAAAGAAUGUAGCCAGCCUUAAACAUGGACCCUCACACACAAUGCAAAAAGGACUACAAAUGUGGACCCUUCUGUCUCUGUGUCAAAGGACUACAAACAUGGACACUCUCUAACGAACUUGGUGUUUAAGGUUGAUUACAAAACGAGGACAUCUUCCCACAAACCACAAACAUUGGACCCAUGGACUAUCUGUACACACACAGACACACACAGUUAAGGGACUGCUUAGUAACAGAUGUCAGUCAGAUAUGUGAAUGUAGACUUUCAUUGAAGCAGCCACAACUCUAGCCCCUGUUCUGCAUUCAAUUGGACCUUGACCUUUGAACUCUAUACCAUGGUCACCCAAGGUCUGGACUGUAACGGACAAUUGUGUGUAUUUGAAUGGGGACGAGGUAAAGGACUUCUGGUUGGCUCUUUUCCUCUUGUUUAAGUUUGGUUUGACGGUCAAUAAUACAAUAAUAUGGAUAGAAUUGGCCGUGCCGGACCACCAUGCAACAGGUGAGCCCUGUGCCAAGUGGCAUCACAAAGGAUGGCUCCGCCUACCUGAGCAAAACACCAUCAUCCCAAUUAAAGAAAUAUUCAUACUAAUGCCGGACGUUUUAAAUGUUUCAUAUGAGAUUACCUUAUGAUUAUUCUUGUGCAAUUCUUGUCUACUCUUGUCUUAAUGUUACAUUAUUUUUAUAUGAUAUGCUGAAAUUUAAAAAUCUGGGCUUGAGAAUGAUUGCCCUCCUUUAAAAAAUAUCAUAAUAGUUCUAUACGGAGAGUGAAUGUUUCAGAUGGCUCCUCUCCUUAUUAUUAAUAAUAAUAGCUAUUAUUAUUAUUAUUGUGUCCGGUCAACACACCAAUCUGUUUCUCAUGGGGCUAGACUCAUAACUCCAAGCAGAUGUCAUAUUUUACCACAGUAUUUCUGUAUUCUGUGGAUGAAUACAUAGUCCUCUCUAAAUGUACAUAGAUAUUUUGCCAGCUCAUUGUUCAUACAUGUAAUGUAGUAAAACAUUUACAAAAAUAAAGGAAUCAAAUAUUUGCCGCACAUCGCACUGGAGACAAGGUACCAAAAUGAAAAGGUCAGAGUUGAAAAUAAAAUCUAUGGUUCUAGAGAUUGUAUUGGGGAGGGCUGGGACAUCACUGCUGACUAACUCAUGUACAUAGGCUUGGGCUUCCAGCACACAGAUUUUGUACGUUUUGGUCAUUAUUUAAAUCCUUGUAAAUCACAUGGAAUAAACACAACUUGUACAACCAUUAAUCACCA